AUGGAGAGUGACUCGUGCGAUGAGAGUGACAGUGGAGUUUCAGCAGACUUCUCUCCUGGGAGCACUUUGGAGAGUGGUGGCAGUUCAACUCGCGUGCACAAAGAGACCCCCAUCGAAAGGGAGAUCCGCAGGGCUGUAGAGCGAGAGCACAGCCUGAGAAGAUCCAGGGGGCUGCCCAACCAACCCACUGCUCCUGAGUAUGUAGAGAUCCCUUUGAGGAAAGCUGUCUUCUUCAGCCCGACACUUCUUCCCACCAAGACAGAAAGAUGCCAAGACAAGGACAAGCUAUUUGCAGGCAAAAAGAUGCAGCAAGAUAUUCAUGAAGAGGCUAAAAGGGAGCAAGAUUUGUCUGUUGUGAAAGUGGAGCAGGACAUCCGGGAGGCCCAGGAAAGGGAGAGGGAACUUCGCAAGCAACGAAUGGACCUUUACGAGACCCAAACUUAUCUGACCCAAGCCAAAACGGGAUUACAACCAGCACAGCUCGUCAUUCAGCGGGAAAGCUUGGCAUGUGGCCUCCUGCUACAACCGAGAAGACUCAACAAAUACAAGUUCAACAUGGCCCAAGGACUCCUAGACAGAAGACCCCUCUUGUCCAACGCUGGGAAUCAGGCUUAA